CCUUUCCUUCCAUUUCACCCAGGCCGCCGCCACGCGAAGGGAUCGCCCGUGCACCCGGCGCCGCCCCUGUCCAUCACCGCCCGCAUGCUCGCCGCCGCCGCCCAUGGCCCUCAGCGCCGCCCUGACGCUCGCCUCGCCCAGGUUCUCAUCAACCUCGCGAAGAAGGACCUGACGGAGGUCACCCACAAGGUCUACUUUGAUAUCGAGAUUGAUGGCAAGCCCGCAGCUUUCAGGAGCAUGGAACAAGGGGAAAUAUAGGAGGAUGGAGCAUGAUUCGAAGCUUUCAGUACCCUCUGGCUUUCAGGAGCAUGAUUUGAAGCUUUCAGGAGCAUGGAACAAGGGGAAGCUUUCAGUACCAGCUUGUGCCUUCUGAAUCUGGAACUGAUGCUGCAUCCUCUGUGGCUUUCUCGUUCAGGACCAUUCAACUUUGAGUCAGGAGGGUCAGCUGGAAGCCUGCCAAAGCUUCAUCGCAACCCGUACAGCUGGUCCAAGGUGUCUAGUGUGAUAUACUUGGACUCCCCUGCUGGUGUUGGUCUGUCAUACGCGAAGGAUAAGUCCAAACCUUAUACAACUGGCGACCUUCAGACUGCUAAUGAUUUGCAUACUUUUCUUCUCAAGUGGUUUCAGCUCUACCAUAAGUUCCUGACAAAUCCAUUUUACAUAGCUGGUGAAUCAUAUGCUGGGAUUUAUAUUCCUACCCUUUCACAUGAAGUUGUCAAAGGAAUUCACGAAAGAGUCAAGCCAGCUAUAAACUUUAAGGUUAAGAGAUCUUCUAAAAUUAUUCCUGCUGCGUGAGAACACUAAACGUGGUUACCAAGGAAAUCUAAGGUUAAAUGUUUUAUGACGUGAGAACACUAAACGUGUUUUACCAAGGAAACGUGAGAUGAAGCCUGAAGCCAUCCGAAAUUGAGAAGCCGAUUAUUGUUGACCAUAGUGAACUACUUUGUAACAACAGACACUAUUAUUGUUGUUGCUGUUCCUGAAGGGCUGCCUCUAGCUGUUACUUUGAGUCUUGCAUUUGCAAUGAAAUUAGUGAUUCAUUAGCAAUCUGAAUGUACUCUAUGUAAGACAGUAAUAUGUGUAAUGACUGACUUAUGUGUAAGGAUGUAAAUACAAUGAUAUUUAUGUAAAUGCACUGAUGAAAUAAAUUGCAGUGGACUCCAUGUCCAUGUUGUAUAAUGAUAUAUGCUCUAUGAUGAAAGUGUUUA